AAAUGCUUCAAUUUUAUGUGUCAGUUGACAUUAUAUGAAUGUCGUUACCGAGUUUCCAAUGAGCUUUUUAGUUGAAAUUUGAUGGGUUUUUUCGAGUGCGUUGUCAAUCUCAAGAUGGGCUGAAAAAAAUUUAGUAGAUGGUAAGACCGUAGUUUACUGCGCUGCUGGUAUUAGUCGAUCUGCGUCGUUAUGUAUUAUGUAUUUGAUGAGAAGCGAAAAUUUAUCACUGAAACAAGCUUAUCUUGACGUCAACAGUAAAAGGCCAAUUAUAUCACCAAACCUUGGAUUCUGGCAACAGAUGAUUGAUUUUGAAUUCAAACAGUUUGGUAGCAGAAGCGUUAAUCUACUUAAGGAUCGUGGACUAAAAGUUCCAGAUGUGUACUUGACCAGGACUAGAGAGUUACCAACAAGUUGA